UUCCGGUAGCGCGGAGGUGGCGUCAUCAUCGAGCGACCCGGCGGGCCGCCUGCGUGGAGAGUAGAGAUGUUGAGCCGGCUGCAGGAGCUGCGCAAGGAGGAGGAGACGCUGCUCCGCUUGAAAGCGGCUCUGCACGACCAGCUGAACCGGCUCAAGGUUGAAGAGCUGGCCCUCCAGUCGAUGAUUAGUUCUAGAAGAGAAGGUGAGAUGCUGCCUUCUCAGCCUGCACCAGAACCAUCACAUGAUCAGAUGCUGGUGCUUGUAGACAAUGAAGCGUCAAUCAACCAAACUGCACUGGAGUUGAGCACAAGGAGCCAUGUGCCAGAAGAAGAGGAGGAGGAGGAAGAGGAGGAAGAAUCAGAUUCCUGAAGGGGAGAAGAGCCCGGUUUAGUCAUGCAAGUUAAUUUCUAAGUCUCAGAGACUUUCUCUCUUCAAAGAAUUCUCAUGGGCCCUAUAGCCUGCUUUAAAAGGAAGCAGGAACUUUAGGAGGAUGUGUAGUUGUAAAAAUAGUUCCAUCAGUAACUCAGGUUUCAGAGUGCUUUAACAAAAGUUGGUGACAGAAAAGCAGAGAUGCAGUGUUUCAGUACUGAGCAGUAUGGGUGGUGCUGUGUUUAUAGGCUGGUCAGAUCGAAUAGUUGCCUUCUAAACAAAAAACUUCCUCUGAAAUGCUGUUGAGAAGGUCUGGCAUCUGCAAAAAGGGCAGAGUUUAAAUACAAGCCAGCCUUGCAGCUAACAAUGCCUCUAUUAAGAAAACCAAUUAAACACUGUUUGCAUGCCACUGAACCCUUGUGAGCAGAGCAAGGCUACAGUCUGGGAGAGAAAGAUGACAAAGAGGAGGACCGAGGGCCACUUGAGCACACAGGCUGCUGCCACCUCUCAGUGACAUCGUAACACUGCCUGCUACACACUAUGUGUGGGUGUCAUCACACCUCGGUUGAGACAUCAUUAUGAUAAAAAUGACUAGAAAUAAGUUACAGAUAAAUAGCUGUCAUGCGGCUUGCCACUUUCCAGACAACAGAGCAAAGGAUCAGUUCCUCUGGGGUGAACGAUACAGUAGGAUGGUUUACACCCAUUUCUAGACUUAGGAAUUGUGCCACUGAAGAAGGAUCACGAGGCUUGGGAGAUUGGGUUUCAUAAAGAAUUGACAGCAGAAUAAGAGAAACUUCAUAUUUUAAGUUGACACUCAUUUUUGCAUAUUGUCCCUUUUCCAGUGAAUAUACAAAUAUGCUUGAUUUUAUAAAAGUAAUUUGUCCUGCCCAGAAAUAGAAAAGCCAAACAAAACACAACCUUCUUAAGCAUAGCUUCUUACACAAGUGUUCUAGGAGAGAGCAUGGACAUAUUUGUUAAUCGAUGUUUCAUUAAAUCAAUGAAACAAAUCGAUUUGUUUCAUUAAAGUUAUCUUGAGCUACUCUUACAUGAAGUAGCCAGAAGCUUAAAUGAACAUAUUUCUUGGAAAACACAGUGUGAAUAUCAUUUUGCAACAAAAAGCAUCAGGGUAUACAUUUUGGGAUCUAAUGUCAGAUAUAAGCAUGGGCUUUUAAGAGUUGGAAAAGUUGGGUAUGAAUUCUAGCUUGAAGACCAAUUGGUUGCUUGCUUUUCACCUUUUCGGGAGUUCUCACUCUCGAGUUUAUAGAAUGAGAGUAUUCACAUUUGCUCUAGCAGUUUCAGGGGUGAUGCUAAUGAGGUAUCACUUAAAAAUCCAACUAUUGGUAAUUCCCUGGUGGUCCAGUGGUGAGGAUUCCUGUGCUUUCACUGCUGAGGGCAGUUUACACACUUCAGUGAGACAUUCUCCGAGGUGGUGACAUCCUCUCUGUUAGGAAAAGACCCUGGGUGCGAGGAGGGUGUGGUUCUUUAACCUCACCUGAAUGUUUGUAUGUUGAAAACAUGUGAGUUAGACUGUUGACUUCUAGAACAGAUGUUAGCCUCUCAGGGGGAAAAAUGAUUGAUUGGCUGAGGCAGCCUUGUAUAUAUAGUAUUGACCAGUAUUUAAAAUCCUGGCUGUCUCUCAGGCUCUCGUAGAUCUGCAGUGGAACUACCUACUUAGGAGAUUUACUGUUUUUAAUUUGAAAGUGAAAUAAGUGUUUAAAUAUUUA